AUGGGGGAGGUAUCUCUUCUCUCUCUCUCUCUCUCUCUCUCUCUCGCUCUCUCGCUGGUUCUACUUUUUUCGCCGGGGUGCUCCUCUCUGAUCUGGUUUCUCUUGCAGGACCAAGGGAGAAACAAGUUGAGAGGAGAGGCGGACAAGAAGAAUGGGAAGAAGAAACAGGAAGGAGACGAGGCCAAACACGAUGCUGGAGUUGGGAGGUUAAAGAAAGAGGAGAAAAAGGGAGAUGAGGGGAAAACGGCGGGGGGUGGCGGCAGCGUUGAAGGUGGAGGGGACAAGGAAACACCAACCCCGCCGCCAGAGGAGAUCAUCAUGCGGGUCAACAUGCACUGCGCGGGCUGCGCCAAGAAGAUCAAGCGCUCUCUGAUGGGCAUCGAAGGUUUAAGCACGGUUGCAUGAAAAUAUCAGAUUUUUAUUUGGUGAAAAGAUGGGUUAUCACUGAUGAUUAACAGGGGUGGAGGAGGUGAAGACUGAUUGCGGGAACCACUUGGUUGUCGUCAAAGGGAAGGUGGCGGCGGGAGACCCCCUCGGGCUGGUCAACAGGUUGCAGAGGAAGAACGGUAGGAAAGUGGAGCUUCUCACCCCCGUCCUCCCAAAGCCCGUCGAGAAGAAAGAUGAGAACCCCAAGCCGGUACUGAAGAAGGAAGAGGUCAGUCGUCUGAUCUCACCGAAGAGUUAUCCUCUGCCUCUGCCUCUCCUCCCCCCCCCAAACCUCUCUCUCUCUCCCCUCCCCCCCCCAAACCUCUCUCUCCCCUCCCCCCCCAAACCUCUCUCUCUCUCCCCUCCCCAACGUUUUCUCAUGGCGGCAGCGGUUUUGGCGGCGCAGCAGCAGGUGACAAUGGCCGUGCUGAAAGUGCACAUGCACUGUGAGGCCUGCGGGCAAGAGAUUAAGAAGAGAAUCCUCAAGAUAAAGGGAGUGGAGUCGGCGGAGCCGGAUAUCAAGACCUCCCAAGUGACAGUAAAGGGCGUCUUAGACCCGGUGACGCUCCUGGAGCACGUACACAGGCGCAUCGGCCGCAACGCGGCAGUCGUGGAGGUCAAGCCGUUGGAGAAGGUGGCCGUCGACAAGGCCGGCGGCGGUGUCGCGACGAAGGAGAACGACGAGGGGGCAGCCGACGGCGCCCAAAGUGAAGUCAACGGUAACCCGUGGACUUGGAGCUAUCCAAGAUACCCGAUGGAGUUCUCAUAUCCUUCCCAGAUCUUCAGCGACGAGAAUCCGAACGCUUGCUCGAUUAUGUGA